UCGGCUGGCAGGCUCAUGUGCUCUGUCUUGCAGGGAGCACUGCACACCAGCGCCCUGUGCAGCCUGCGCUAUGGACCCCUGGCGUUCCUCCUGGGAGACAGAGCAUCCAAGAAGUGGACGGAAUCCAGCAAAGUGAUCACUGUCGACGGGAACCUGUGUUCCGGGAAAGGCGAGCUUGCGAAGCAGAUUGCUGGGAAGCUGGGCUUAAAGCACUUUCCGGAAGUGGGGAUCCACUACGCGGAUAGCACCACGGGGGACGGGCAGCCCCUUGGCAUCCACUUCAGUGGCAACUGCAGCCUGGAGAAAUUUUAUGAUGACCCGAAGAGUAAUGAUGGCAACAGCUACCGCCUGCAGUCCUGGCUGUACGCCAGCCGCCUGCUGCAGUACGCGGACGCCCUGGAGCACCUGCUGAGCACAGGUCAGGGUGUGGUGCUGGAGCGCUCCAUAUUCAGUGACUUUGUCUUCCUGGAGGCCAUGUACCGCCAAGGCUUCAUCCGCAAGCAGUGUGUGGAGCACUACAACGAGGUGAAGAAGGUCACUGUGUGUGAGCUCGUGCCCCCGCACGUGGCCAUCUAUGUGGACGUGCCCGUGCCCGAGAUCCAGAGUCGCAUUCAGAAGAGAGGAAAUCCUCACGAGAUGAAGGUCACCGCGGCCUAUCUCCAGGACAUCGAGGAUGCCUACAAGAAAACCUUCCUCCCUGAGAUGAGUGAGAAAUGCGAGGUUUUGCAGUAUGAUGCACGGGAAGCACAGGACGCAGAAAAGGUGGUGGAGGACAUCGAGUACCUCAAGUGUGACAAAGGGCCGUGGCCCUCCCAGAAUGACCGGACCUUGCACAACCUACGGAUGCUGGUUCAGGACAAGCUGCGGGUGCUGAACUACACCUCCAUCCCCAUGUACCUCCCUGAGAUCACCAUUGGAGCGCACCAGAGCGACCGCCUCUUCCAGGAGUUCAAAGAGCUGCCAGGCCGCAAGUACAGCCCUGGGUACAAUGCCGACGUAGGUGACAAGUGGAUCUGGCUCAAGUGAGCGGCUGCCCGCCACUCAAGCUGCACCGCCAGGAGGAAGGAGCUUCGGUCAGCCUGCCUCGCAGCCCCAGGACAAGAGCAGCGGU